AUGGCUGUUCUAGCUUUGAAUAUUGCCGGGAGGCCAUCAGAACAACCGGACACCAAUCAUUCGGAUGAGUGGCCAAGUGAAAGUACUCAGGGAUCACCGGAUGACCACGAUGAGAUGGCUUUUUCUCUUAAUGGGCCGAGCGCUCGCGCUCGUGUUCUAGGUGACGGCCGGGUCGAUAUUCAUGUCGACUCGGAAAAGUACAAACCGCAUCUGACAGGAAUAUUGAACGACAUCCGAGUCCAACGCCGGGAUAGUUUAUGUUCUAACCGGGCAGCUGAAGGGGGCACCGAUUCAGCAUGGUCCUCUUCGAAAAACAUUCAUUUAUCACUACGCUUGAACCUCGUCAUUCAAGUGAUCGGUUCCCGAGGCGACAUUCAACCAUUUGUUGCACUAGGGAGAGAGCUCAAAGCACAAGGCCACCGGGUCAGACUGGCCACACAUCUAGCCUUUCGGCAAUUCGUUCUGGAAAGCGGGCUAGAAUUUUUUAAUAUUGGAGGAGACCCAGAGCAGUUGAUGGCUUUUAUGGUGAAAAAUCCAGGCCUCCUACCGGGAUUCAAGGCAAUAAGCAGCGGAGAUAUCCAGAAGCGCCGGCGUGAGAUGAAGGAAAUAUUUAAUGGAUGUUGGAAAUCCUGCUUUGAAAAGGGUGACGGGACUCACCUUCAUCAGAUCAAGGAAGACCUGUGGAGCGAGGCUCUGGAUUACCGACAGCGCCCAUUUGUAGCAGACGCUAUUAUAGCCAACCCUCCAAGCCUAGCUCACAUCCACUGCGCACAACGACUAGGCAUCCCUCUCCAUAUCAUAUUUACGAUGCCAUGGUCCCCAACUCAGUCCUUUCCCCAUCCACUAGCCAAUCUUCACUCCCAGAACUGCAAGCCGACUAUCGCAAAUUUCAUGUCCUAUAGCAUUAUGGAUAUGAUGGUAUGGGAGGGACUGGGCGAUAUUCUGAACACACUUCGCAAAAACACCUUGGCUCUCCAACCUCUAGAUACAGUGACAGCCCGGGGUAUCCUACAGCGACUACAUGUACCACAUACAUAUUUAUGGUCUCCUUCAUUACUACCUAAGCCACCUGACUGGCCUGACAACAUCGAUGUAUGCGGUUUUAGUUUCCUCCCGUCCGAGACCAACUAUGUACCAUCGAAUGAAAUAACCGAAUUUCUGAAGGCAGGACCCAAACCAAUAUAUAUUGGGUUUGGGUCCAUCGUAGUUGACAAUCCUCUCAAGUUGACGAAGAUCCUAUUUAACGCGGUCCGAAAAACCAAACAACGCGCUCUCAUAUCAAAGGGUUGGGGAAAUCUAGGAGCAGACGAAGUGCCAGACAAUAUUCUAAUGAUUGGAAACUGUCCUCACGACUGGCUAUUUCGGCAAGUUUCAUGUGUUAUCCACCAUGGUGGUGCUGGCACCACGGCUGCAGGCCUCGCUUUAGGUGUGCCGACGAUAAUUGUCCCCUUCUUUGGGGACCAGCAAUUCUGGGGAGAUAUUGUUGCGCGCGCAGGAGCAGGGCCAACACCGAUACCAUAUAAACGUUUGAACCAGCAGAAUCUCUCAACUGCGAUACAGAAAGCGCUAGAAGCAAGUACUCUAGAGAAAGCGCAGUCGAUUGCGAUGAGAAUGCAGGAAGAGUGUGGUGUGCGCCAUGGGGUAAAUAGCUUUUACCGAAAUCUUGACCCUGCAACACUCCGAUGUUCUAUAAUUCCAAAUCAGCCGGCGGCCUGGCAUCUUAAACAUACGCAUAUCAACUUGAGUGCUUUUGCAGCCACUGUUCUAGUGAAAUCCGGGAAAGUCAGUCCAGAAAUGCUCGUGCUUCACCGUGCAACUGAAUACGACACAUUCCUUGACCCUACCAACCCAAUUACCGCUAGUGCCCAAGUACUCUUCGGAGCCAUUACCGGAUUCGUGGCUGGGCUUAUAGAGGCACCAAGAGAGAUCUUGAGUGAUAUUUCUUCUGCUGCUCAUGCAAUACGAAAGCCCCACGAACAUUUCGAUCGCCGCGAAGCCUGUCGGGCAGCACUUUCUUCACCAGUUUAUUUAACUCCAGAGAAUACUAUUGAAAAUGAAGAAACAAAUAUUGAAAAUGAGAGUGGGGGUUUGCAGGUUGAAAAUUACGGAGAGCAGCGUGAAGAGGUUCUGGAAGACGAUAUUACCCAGGAAGAUACUGGCGAUGACGCCAAUGAACCCCAUGUCAACGACAUCGAUCGAGUUCGAACUAUAGAGCGAAAUAGGAACCUCCAGCUCGAAAAGGCCAAAACAAUGAGCAGCUCGAUGACGCCUUCAAAGCCGCCGAGGUUCCCUGUUUUGCAUGAAGCUGCAUUUCAUGGAAGCAAAGCGUCCAAAAAGAUGGUUAAGUUAGUCAUAUGGCUACCGACAAAUCUUUCAUUGAGUAUGGCGAGAGGCUUCCACAAUGCGCCCAAACUAUAUCACGAUUCAACAGUGACCGACGUUCCUCAGGUGACAAGUCUUCGAAGCGGAUUGGAGGUAAUUGUUCUGACAUUUGCACAGGAGCUUAAAGACGAAUUUUCCUUUGGUAUUAAGGGUUUAAAAACGCAUCCACGUGACGGCUUCAAGGAUGAAGGUACUAAGGGAUUUCUCAAGGGUAUUGGGAAAGCAAUGGGCGGAGUGUUUCUCAAGCCGAUUGCAGGGCUAUGGGGUCUAGCAGGAUAUCCCUUGAGUGGCAUUCUCAGAGAGGUCAAUGAGUCGCUGGGGAGACAUCAAAAAUGCAUGAUUGUAAUGGGUCGGAUUGCUCAGGGGAUUGAAGAGAUGCGAGAGUCUACGGCUGAGGAAAGGGAAGAGGUAUUUAGGAAAUGGGUCAGGAUUGAACACAACUUGUAA